AUGCCAACGACCAACGUGAUCGUCCUGCCGACCUGCUCGAUCUGUCGAGACAAUGAGGACGAAUGCUUGAACUUCGUGGUGACCAAGUGUGGACACUUGUUCCAUGCGGAUUGUAUGAAAGAGUGGAACAGGCACGAGCGGGACCGAAACGCAACAUCGCGAUGCCCGUACUGUAACAACCGUCUCGCCGCCAACUGCGAUAAUUAUUACGGCGGUGAUACAGACACCCUGAUCCGUGUCCAUCAGCUGAUCAAGCACCGGGUGGCGAUCAUCGAGGAUGGAAAGCCCUCGCCCGAGGAGGAACUCAAGGCUGCUCGAGACAACCUCAAUUCGAUCAAGACGAUCCUCAACAAGGAGUCCGACAAGCUUCGUGCGGCCGAGGCCGAGAAGGCUAAGAUCGAUGCCGAGAAUAAGACGCUCAAAUCGACCAUCGCCAAGUUAACUCAAGAUGUCAAAAUCAUCAAGGAGAAAACCGAAAACCGAGCUGCUGAGCUGAAAAAAGAGAAGCAAAGUCGCCAGAAAGAUUUGGCCAUACACGCAGGAGAGAAGGAUAAACUCCAGAAACAAAUCGUAGAUUCCAAACACUUUUACGAAAAAGUCAGGAAUGAGCGUGGGGAAUUGCAAAAGGAGUUAGGCAAGAAGAUCGGCGAGAAUCAGAAACUUAGAGGAAUAAUGACCAACCAAACCAACCUGAUCAGUACCUUACAGGCUCAAUCGAUGCAACUCAAUCGCGAGAGAGAUCAACUGGCCGAAAAACUCAAUGCGAUAAGACAAACCUAUCUUGGACAACCCAUGCAAGCCCAAGCAGCCCAAUCGAACCGGAACCAGCAUCACUACCCGGUUCAAGCCUUGCAAUCCAAUCAACAUUUCUACCAAGCUCCUCAAGUCGACCAGGCCACAUCCGACCAAUUGGUAAACGUUCUACAGGGUCUCAGUGGUGGGUUCUUAAAGUUGGAGAGGGAAUACGAGGGAAUUAAAAAACUUUUGGAAGAAAAUAGCAACAAGGACGGGGGCGGGCGACGAUUGCAGAAUUCAAAGAAAGAAAACCGCCAGAUUCAAGCCUAUACCGAACCCUCCCAGGACCGAUUGUUACAUACCAGCCAAGCCACACAUUUCUCAUCUGACCCCAUAACCGAUUCAAUCCAGAAGAAGGCAAGCGAAAUGCCAGGAUUGGUACAGAAAAUGGAAUCUUUGGCGCCUCCUAGUACCUCUGCCGCUGAUCAGAUGAUCGAUCCAAGACUAUUCGGUUAA